AUGCUAAGAAAGCCAGACUUUUUGGGACAAGAUAAAAAUCAGAGAACAGGUUAAGUAGCCAAGAGAAAGUAACGUCAGGAGCUGUCUGACGAACAAAAGCAAGAAAUCAAAGAGGCUUUUGACUUGUUCGACACUGACAAGACUGGCACCAUCGAUUAUCAUGAAUUGAAAGUAGCAAUGAGAGCCCUCGGCUUUGAUGUUAAAAAGCAAGAAGUCCUCAACUUAAUGAAAGAAUAUGACAGAGAUAACACUGGGCAAAUUGAGUACCACGAUUUCCUAGAGAUCAUGACUCAUAAAAUCAGUGAAAGAGACCCAGUAGAGGAGAUUUUAAAGGCUUUCAAAUUAUUUGAUGAGGACAAUACAGGCAGAAUUAGCUUGAGAAACCUCAGAAGAGUAGCCAGGGAAUUAGGGGAGAACUUAAGUGAUGAUGAGUUGUAAGCUAUGAUCGACGAGUUCGACAAGGAUGGAGAUGGAGAGAUCAACGAACAAGAAUUCCUCAACAUCAUGAAACAAACUAGCAUUUAUUGA